AAUUGUCAAACAAGAUUUAUUAGUAAACAAUACGUUUUGUUUAGUUUUUAUCUUUUUUAAUAUUUUCAUCCUAGUUUUAAUUUAGACUGUUUUAAUCAGAAAUAUGUUUUGACCUAGUUUCAAAAACCAAUAUUAAUUUAAGAUAUUGGUAAUAUUUAUUAUUAAUUUUUUUUAAUAAGUAAUAAGUUCCAAAGUCCAUAAAUUUAAACAUAGUUCAAAAAUGGCCCUUCUAAAUACAACUUUAAAACAUUUGGUAUAUUACCAAAUGAAAAGGGGUAUAGCCUCCCUAAGUGCCUUACCUGAAAUACACCAAAUGUUACAAAAAACCUGUAGAGACUUUGCGGAAGGCGAAUUAAAACCAAUUGCGGCAAAAGUAGACAGAGAGCAUUUAUAUCCUAAAGAACAAAUCAAGAAAAUGGGUGAACUGGGUUUAAUGGCAGUGGCUGUACCUGAAGAGUUAAAUGGUACAGGACUGGACUAUUUAGCAUAUGCUAUUGGAAUGGAGGAGAUUUCUAGGGGUUGUGCAUCUGCAGGAGUAAUUAUGUCUGUCAAUAAUUCUUUGUACAUUGGACCUAUCUUACAAUGGGGAAGCAAAGAACAAAAAGAAAAAUAUAUUACACCUUUUACUAAUGGAGAUAGGGUAGGAUGUUUUGCAUUAUCAGAACCAGGAAAUGGUUCAGAUGCUGGAGCAGCUUCCACAACUGCCAGAUUAGACGGUGAUAAAUUUAUUUUGAAUGGUACUAAAUCUUGGAUAACCAAUGGGUUUGAAAGUGAAGCCGCCGUUGUUUUAGCUACAACUGACAAAGGACUCAAACAUAGAGGAAUUUCCGCUAUAAUCGUGCCAAAACCAACUAAGGGAUUAGACUUAGGUAAAAAAGAAGAUAAACUAGGAAUAAGGGGAUCUUCAACAUGUAAUUUAAUAUUUGACAAUUGUUCUGUUCCAAAAGAGAAUCUUUUGGGAGAACCAGGAUUCGGUUUUAAGAUUGCCAUGAUGACUCUCGAUGCUGGAAGAAUUGGAAUCGCUAGUCAAGCUUUAGGAAUAGCACAAGCAUCUUUGGAAGUCGCUGCUGAAUAUGCUUCUAAACGUUUGGCUUUUGGUAAACCUCUUACCAAACUGCAAACGAUCCAAAACAAAUUAGCUGACAUGGCAUUGCGAUUAGAAUCAGCUCGAUUAUUGACUUGGAGGGCUGCGUGGCUGAAAGAUAAUAAGAAACCUUACACCAAAGAAGCAGCUAUGGCUAAGUUAGCAGCAAGUGAAGCUGCUACAUUUUUAAGUCAUCAGUGUAUACAGAUUUUAGGGGGAAUGGGGUACGUAUCAGAUAUGCCCGCAGAACGUCAUUAUAGGGACGCUCGAAUAACAGAAAUCUAUGAGGGAACAUCUGAAAUUCAAAAACUAGUUAUUGCUGGAAACUUGAUUAAGGAAAUGGGCAUCAACUAAUAAGUUCAUGACUACAAUUUUUAAUGUUUAUAGGCUAUACUCGUUUUAUUACUCUUAUAGGCUAUACUUGUUUUAGUGCACUGAAAUUUGUAUUUGAUUUUUAUAGUUAUAUAUAAAUACAUUUUUU